UGGCAUGUGCGUUUGCUUUUUAGAUACUAAUCACACAGUAUAAAACUCAAUAGCCGGAUCGCUGGUGUUGCGUACUCGGAUUGUUUCCAGGAAGGGUGUCAGCCAACUACGCGCAAGGAAGCGCCAGGCCACAAGAAAAAGGGUUGCGGACAGACGAGCAAGCGCCCACACCAAUCAGAGCAUUCAGGCACUACUCUCACACCCUAUCGACAUGCCAUCGCUGGCAAGCUCGGAGCAGAUUCAGACUUCAACUGGAGUCGUACCAUUAGCAACAGGAGCUCAGCCCGCUGCUCAAACGACUGAUCGGCCGGUAAGCUCUGGCGUCAAGAUGCAUCAGACAGACAAGAAUCUGGUGAAGAAGAACAGGCUAUCGCCAGCAAAAACGGCGCAGGCAACAGUUUCAAGUGAAGGCGAGUCUUCAAUACCUAGCUCCCGAUCAUCUGCCAAAAAGGCUGGCAGCCAGUCGCGCAAAAAGAAGCAUUUAGCAGCCAAAACUAAAGGCACUGACACGCAGCCCAGAAUUCGCACCAGACAGAGUGCCCAUGCACAAGUUUCAAGCUCAGGCAAUAAAUUGCUGUCGCCAAUUAACUCACACACCUCAAGCCAACCAAAAGAAUGGUCUCCAGAGUCCAGCAAUAUUAGGACCGCUGCCACGUUGAACGGGUCUUCCAGUUCCACAGUAUCCUCAGCACCGAGUAUGGCAUCAUAUACAGCGGAAUCCUCGCUUGAUAGCAGGUGGUGUAGUGAUGACGACGACGAGACAGACACUGAGGCAGACAUGCGGGUCAAGACGCGGCUCAUCAGAGAUGCAGAUGCAGUGCUCGACAUCGCAAAACCGCGGAGUGCUGCCGGGAGAGUGCUUGCCAGCAACAUUUCCAAGCACAUCUCAGCCGAGAUGGAGCAUCGGCUCAACACAACUAGCACAUACGCAAUAGCUGACACCAGCAAAACCCAGUCGGCUUUGGAAGCGCCCAUGCAAAACAACAACUAUCGACAGCUGCUGCUCUCCGACACAGCAUCUGCCAUGAGCAAGGAUGAGCACAGCGCAGCCACGGCCAAUGCAUUUGCAGGGUUUCGGGAGUGGAUUGCACCCGAGUCGAUACAGCAUCAGCCUAUUGGAGCACCAUUUACACCACCAGACAGUACCUGUGGUGACAAUAUGGACGAUGCUAAACAGAUACACACAUCCGUGCAGUCAUUCAUUUAUUUCGUCGCACAGCAGAUCGACAGUUUCAUUAGCGCACUGGAUGCAGAUGCGCUUGGGGAGCAUCGCACAUAUCGCCGUCUUCUACCAUGCAUGAAUCGAGAGUGCCAUCCCAGCAACACAGGCAAUGCUCCAACCAUCGAAGCAGGCAUCACUACACAACACAGAGACAGCAGUAUUGAGCCACUCAACAGCUUCUGCUAUGCUGAUGCAUUCGCUGUCAUCGAGGCACGACCAGGCAAAACUCGGCGCAUCAUUGACAAGGCGUACGCACAGCUGAUGCAGAGCACAUGCAACAUCUAUAAGGCUCAGUUCGACCGGCGCUUUGCUUUUGGCUUGACCGUCUGCGACAAUGAGGUGCGGGUGUGUCUAUUUUCCAACGAUGUGGUCUUCUCAUCCAGCGCUCUUGACAUGUCCACUGCAUUUGGUCGCCAACAAUUCAUCGAGCUGCUAGUCAACUGGUCUCUCUGCGAUGAGGACCAGUUGGGAUUCGACACAACAAUCCACUGGGACAAGGAUAACAACUGCGGGACCAUCGAGUGCCCUGACACAGCAGACGAGUCAUCAUGCUCUACAGCCACAAAAACGUACUACUUUGACAAGGUGCUACCAGGAGCAGACAGCCUUUUCGGUCGGCACACGAGGUGCUUUUUGGUGACAGACGAGAGGCCUUCUGGCGACGAAAUCAAGCCCAAGUUUGCUUUGAAGGACACAUGGCCGGAAGCCACAGAGGACCCCACCAGAGACAGACGAGACGAGGUGAUGUUUAUGCGCCGAAUCACAGAGGAACUUGCGAACUCAGAUGUCGAGGACCUGGUCUAUCCAAAGCUCGAAGCCGGUGGUCGUGUUUCGUUCGAUACUGACGGGGGCCGAUUUGAGGAUAACACAAGAAAUGCACUGGGCCCGCUUUACUCUCUGUGCAAGCCAGACAACACAGCAAUACCGUUCCGCGCCCAUAAGCGCCUAGCUAUGUCACCGAUCGGCGAACCACUGGAAACUGUCGAGUCUGUCCACGAGCUUAUCGUUGUACUAGGCGAUGCGCUGCGCUGCCACUCCGAGGUGCUGCGGCGGUGCAACAUCCUCCACCGCGACAUCUCAAACAACAAUAUCCUUGUCGUGCGUGAGGAAGGCAAACAACCUCGCGGACUACUGAUAGAUUUCGACUGCGCAGUGGAUGUAAGUGAGCGUCAGGCGCCGAAUUCAGAGAAUGUGGGGACAUUCCCCUACAGGAGCAUCAGCAACAUAUCGGAUACAGAUGUGGAACAGACAGAGUUGGACGACUGGGAGUCGGUACUCUACCUACUGUGUCUCUGCGCAACAGUCGGUGUCAGAGAAGAUUAUGAACAAAUACUCAUAGAUGCAAAGGGUUGAGAAUUAGGAAAUGGUACACUGGAGAUACUGACGAUGCUGCGUGUUCAAAAGAUGGUGCAAUGUUCUUGCAUCGAGGUAUUUGAGGAUAAAAUCGUUCGCAGCUUCAACCAAGCCCAGCCCGAUACCGAAUAUUUACAAAGGUCUUGCAAGAGGACUGUACAUGGGUUGUUCAGUAAUCGGGCUCUAAAAAAUCCUCGGUAUUGGGGGACGUUAACGCGAAGUAUUGGAAGAAUGUCCGAACCAAGUAUCCCUUCCAAGGAGCGGGUGAAGAUAAAGAAUAGUGUUGCUGAUACCCUGCUGACGACGAUGAGUGCUGCCCAUUUAAAAUCAGCUAGUAUCCUUUCCGCAUCUAUGAAAUAAAUGUUUUAUUACCGUCA